AUGGCACUGCAACCGCCAUCUCCUCCGACCUUUCAAGAAGCCCUCAAGAAUGACAGAGCGCAAUUCGAGGAUUGCACGCCCUGCCGCAUAGUUGGAAGCGCAACCUUCCUUGGCCUCGGCGCCUUUACCUAUGUCUCGGGUCAUUCGCAAAUCAAGGCCAAUGAAGCGGCGAUACGAGCCAGCAAAAGCAUGUUCGGCAUGAGGAGCAGAGGUAUCGCUAUAACGGGGACAAGCGCUGUCAUGGUGGGCCUGGGAGUCUAUCGGUGGUUCUCAUGA